AUGUCAACGACAAUAAGAAAUAUAAUCAUAUCCUAUGGAUCUGUAACACCUACUAGAGCCCCAGCUCUCCCUACACCUGCCCCCGCUCUGCUAGACUCCCCGCGCGGCGGUUCUACCAAGAACUUGCUCAUCUUAGCUCUAAACAAGCUUCCUUGUGUGAGACCGCACUUCAGAGUCGUCCCCAUACAACUCUGCACGUAUCCGCUAGCCCUGCAUCUCGACGAGCGCCGUCUUACCGAGAUCGCCGGAGGAACCUUUGACGUUCCGUCAAAACCUAUCCUAGUUCGCACACGCCGACCUACAGUCGACGUAACACACAACAAGAAGCUAGAACUCGGCCUUAGCAUUGAUCUCCUUCUCUGCAAAACUUGUAAAGAUUUCGACGAGGGCGAUGCAUGGUACCUGCUAAUGAACCACCUUGGUUUGGGGGUUGGAAGUGAUGGUGGCCAUGCGUGUCAUCUUUGUCACCCGGGGGGUGAUAUCACUUUGCCCAACUACGGAGGCUCACUGCAGGACGUGCUGCGGCUGAAAAUGAUGAAGUUCUUCGACUAUGACUACGACUAUGACAAUGACCCGGGCUUUGAUAACGAUUUUGAUGGCGACGAUGCAGCGCUGCAGGAUGCUAGAGAGCAUAAUCUCUUAGCUGCCACGCAAAGACGUGGCGGGUUCGACCAGAAUUUGUCAAUUGUGCCAAGCAUGUCAGAUGGGAUGUUGCAGAUGCGUCUUUUACUAAACAAGAAGUUCCCUUGGGAAGGCAUGGACGAACAUGGUGUUUAUUAUAUUGUUGGUAUUAUAUUGUUGGAGCAAAGCGCCAAGGGGCUUGCGGAAACAGAAAUCAUCGACCUCCUCGAGUGGAUGUUCCCUCAUGAUCCUAAUGAUCGCCCAACCAUGUCUGAAGUCGUCAUUCUGCGGAGACUUUUACACUUCGCGCGGAACUGCACCAUGAAUUGCAUCGAGCAGGAUGGUCUUCUUUAUCAAUUUUCAACAUGCAUACAAUCUUCCCUGCGCAAGUUUGAACAUUUUUCUUGCGCGCCGAAUCUCGCGACGACCUUCUCUGUCAUCGGUACGCAAAAGAGACAAGGAGAUCGACUUAUGCCAAAGCACCAGCGCGAUGGCUUUGAGGGCAUCGAAAACACUCAACUUCCGUCAGCUGUCAAGACAAACCUUCCACCCGAUACACUAUCAUCUACGAGUCGUGGACCUGACCACCUGAGAAGCUGUGCUCGGUCGUCUUGGCACAAAAUACGAGGCGGAUGCAUGCAUGUCGCCAGGAGUGCAAGGUUGACAAGCUGUUGGCCAAAAACGCGUGCGCUUUACAGUACAUAA